AUGCACCCACACACCCUUAACAGUCUUGCAGCCCUGCCCCCAACUCCAUUUGACUUCGGGCCCGGGAACCGGCCGGCGCCCCCUCGGGAUGCGAGGACCGCGCCCCCGUGGCAUCGUGGACCCCGCCCCAGAGUUCCCCCGCAGCUCGGGGACCUAGCACCCUUCACCUCCAGCCCGCCCUCUGACCCCGCAGGCCCCGCCCCCGACCUCCAGGCUCCGCCGGCCCCCAGCUACCUGCGCCCACCGGCUUCCGCUCCGCCCGCCUCACGCUACGUGCGGCCGCCCGCCGCCGGCUCCAGGCACUCAAGAGCGCUUCGCAGAGACUUCUGGGACGGCGAAGGCUCUGGCUCCGCCCCGCUUCCGGGUUAUUUGCAUAAGGCAAUUCCUACCUCAUCUCAGCAGGACCAUCCGGAUGUGGCCAAGCCUGGAGGGCAGCGAAGAACCGCCCGAGCUGCGGCCACGGCGGCGCUCCAGCCCGCGCUGGCCCGGGCCGAGUUCCCCGGCGCUUCCGACCCUUCACUGGAGGGGCAGAAGGCCGGCGUCCGGCGAGCGGCGACCAGCGGCGACGACCUAGGGCCAGGCCAGCCUGGGCGAGACCCGCUGCCCCCCUCCGUCCGGGCAAGGAGAGCUCGGCGGGGGCAGCUCCCCGGGAGAAGUUUGGACCCAGACACGCGGAGGGGAGACCCUGUGAAGACACUCUGGGAGGAGCCUGCCAGAGCCAAGGCAGGCGGGCGACGCAGCCACCAGCCACCGAUCCAGGAGAGGCCGCCUCUGGGGCAGCUGCCGGCACACACUCGACCUGACCCAGGCCCCAGGGAGGAGACACUCUGGGACCCACAGUUCUCCAUCACUGCAGCUGCAGGACAUGCAUACAGUGACUCACCUGAGGCCACGCAGCUGGCACCAGUGGGCACAGCCAGCAUGGCAGAGCGCUGA